AUGAACUCCGAAGACAUAUAUGCACAAGUCAGCGAGCGCUACGGCAGCGCAGCCAAGGGCUCAGAUGCCAGGUAUAGCAACACCAUCGCCAAAGCCUUCGGCUAUUCAGAGGAGGAACUCGCCUCAGUUCCCAAGGAUGCCAAUUUGGGUCUGAGCUGUGGGACACCUCUUGCUAUUGCUACGCUUCGGGAGGGAGAGACAGUUAUUGACCUGGGAAGUGGCGCCGGGCUCGAUGUAUUCCUCUCGGCCAACAUGGUCGGCCCAACUGGCAAAGCUAUCGGGGACAUGCUCGCAAAAGCACUAGCGCUCAAGGCUGACCGUGCCAUAAAUAACGACGGUAUUGCCGACUGCAUCAUCUCCAACUGUGUCGUCAACCUGGUCCCGCAUAAUGAGAAGCAGCAAGCGUUCAACGAAAUGUUUCGCCUCCUCAAACCUGGAGGCCGGGUGGCCAUCUCCGAUAUACUUGCCAAGAAGCCACUCCCCGAAAAAAUCAGAAAUAGCAUGGCUUUUUAUGUCGGGUGUGUGGCUGGGGCAAGCCAGGUAGUCGAAUAUGAACAGUAUCUGGGUAAUGCAGGCUUCGAAGAUGUCCUCAUUACGGAUACGGGCAGCGACCUGAAUGUAUAUCUCGAUGCUAUGGCGGGUGGCUGUUGCUCAGCGAUGGGGAGCAUAGCGUCGGACCUGAAGGGAGAGGAUUUGAACCAAUGGGGUGCUGACAAUGAAGGCAAAGGCUCCUUCAAGAUCUAUGCCGUGAAGAAGUAG